UGGAAACAUUAUCUGCAUUCAGCGUUAGUUGCUUUGAGAGAUAGAAGAAAAGCCCUUCAAAAUGAGGAUGGCGAAUCCCCCUUCGACUCGUGCCUUUGCUGUUUCAGUGCAGUAUAUUUUUAGCUGGAAACAACUGGCUUCUUAAAAUGGAGUUUGAAGUGGAAAGGGUGCAGGAGGUUGGUAUGUGAGGUAUCUGGGCUCUGCCUCCAUCUAUUCUUUCUCCAGGGACUGUUCUAUUUGUUCCCUCUCCCUCUCUCUCUCUCUGUUUCUCUGAUCAGAAGUUGUAACAAGUACUAAAGGGGGAAGGCAUAAUCUUUCCAGUGAAGCAAUUUUAUUUCCUCUUUUUUUUUAUUGUGUGGUGUGUAAAUAAUAUAACUUUUACAAUGAAUGCAAUCUGGCUCUGUUUGGCGACUUUCUUUGUCGCCUGCAUCAGCUGCAGAGCAGAAGAUGGACUUGAAUUCCCCCGGUAUGAUGGAAAAGACAGAGUUGCCGACGUCGAUAUGAAAAACUACCAAAAGAUUUUGGAAAAGUACGAUAUUCUGUGCCUCUUGUAUCACGCGUCGGUUCCUGCAGGAGACAAAGUUGCUCAGAAACGGUUUGACCGCGUGGAAUUGGUUCUCGAGCUGGCAGCUCAGGUCUUACAAGACAAGAACAUUGGAUUUGGGCUUGUGGAUGAGAAGAAAGAUGCAAAGCUGGCUAAGAAACUGGGUUUGAUCGAAAUUGGGAGUGUAUAUAUUUUUAAAGAUGAUCAUCUGAUUGAAUAUGAUGGCGAGCUCUCUCCUGAAGUCCUUGUCGCAUUCCUUCUGGACGUGAUGGAAGAUCCAGUGGAAAUAAUUGAAUCUCGGGCAGAGGUUCGGUCUUUUGAAAGAACUGAUGAAGUGAUAAAACUGAUUGGAUACUUUAAAAGUGAAGCUUCUGAACAUUACAAAGCUUUUGAAGAUGCAGCAGAGCACUUCCACCCUUACAUCAAGUUCUUUGCAACUUUUAAUAAAGGGGUCGCAAAGAAACUCUCACUGAAGAUGAAUGAGGUGGAUUUUUAUGAGCCUUUCAUGGAUGAUUCGGUCACUAUUCCUGAUAAACCCCACUCAGAGGAAGAAAUCGUAGAAUUUAUUCAAGAACAUAAAAGAUCAACCCUCAGGAAACUGCGUCCAGAGGAUGUGUUUGAGACCUGGGAGGAUGAUAUGGAUGGGAUCCAGAUUGUUGCUUUUGCUGAAGAAGAAGACCCUGAUGGUUAUGAAUUUUUGUCAAUUUUAAAAGAGGUAGCAAGAGAAAACACUAAUAAUCCAGAUCUAAGCAUUGUGUGGAUUGACCCAGAUGACUUCCCACUGCUGUUUACUUACUGGGAGAAAACUUUCAAGAUUGACCUUCACAAGCCUCAGAUUGGAAUAGUUAAUGUCACUGAUGCUGACAGUGUCUGGAUGGAUAUUAAAGAUGAUGAUGAUCUACCAUCAACUGAUGAACUAGAAGAAUGGCUCCAUGAUGUUCUCUCAGGAAAAGUCAAUACAGAAGAUGAUGAUGAUGAUGAUGAUGAUGAUGACAAUAACAAUGAUGACGAUGACAAUGAUAAUGAUGAUGACAAUGAUGAUGAUGAUGAUGACGAUGAUAAUGACGAUGACGAUGAUGAUGAUUAACUCUUCAGUUUAAGAUUAAUUAUCUAUACUGUGAACAACAAAUCUUCUAAUUCUACAUGUUUAAAGGUAUUCUGAAAUUGAUAUAUUUGUAAUUUAA